GUUAGUUUGUGGUGAUCUGUGUUACUACAAGGCAUUAUAAAAGAUAUGGCAGAAAAAGAUAUUGUCAUGGAUGACGGCUCUGCCGCCGCCGGCCCCACCGCUACCAGCGCCGCCGGCUCUGCCGAUACCGCCGCCGCUGCCUCUGACCCCGCUUCCUCUGGCCCUGCUGCCUCUGGUCCCGCUGCCGCCGCACCAGGACCUGACUCCACCCCUGCCGGCACCGCCACCUGCCACGCCGCUUCGGACGUGUACCGAAGAAGCCGCGCAGGGGAGCGGAUUCAAAACGUUAGAUUUAUACAGUUCUUGAGGCGGCUCUCCAAUGCCCAUUAUUAUUGGGGACCACGGAGAAGGGGCAGCAAGAGGGGCAACAGAGGCACUGAAGCCCAUCGAAUGCUUGUCGAAGUUUAUGGUGACACUGCUCCAACUGAUAAAUCAUGUAGGGAAUGGUUUCAACGUUUCAAGAAUGGAGAUUUCAGCGUUGAAGACAAGCCUCGCUCUGGACAACCAAAAAAAUUCGAAGACAAAGAAUUAGAGGCAUUACUCGAAGAAGAUCAGAGUCAAAAGCAAGAGAAGCUUGCAGAAUCAUUGGGACUAACUCAACAAGACGUUUCAGAGUACGAUUGAGAGCCAUGAGAACACAUGGGAUGCAUUUUGAACACAAAAAAACGGA